GAGGUGUUCAGCAGUGCCUGACGGUGAAGCCGAGUCGGAGCUUGUGUGGCUGUGAUGCUGGGGCCGGAGGUGAGGACACAAGGGGAGCAUCACAGAGGGCGACCUGGGUGGAGACUGCAGGGCCUCGGCCCCUGGCUGGGCCGGCUCCGCUCUGUGCACUGCUCCUGGGUGCCUGAUCGCCUGGCCCAGGCCUCUUCCGGAAGCCCAGGGAACUCAGAGGGUGACUGAGAGCAGCCCUUCCACUCGGCUGGACAGUGACCCUUUAACCGCAGUUGGGAAGCCACUGUCUUCAGUGCAUGAGAAGUCCUUUCUUUCACAUGGACGUUUAUAACUGAAUCACUUGCAUGACAAAGUCUUUGCUGAAAGAAACCAGGAGCAGUCGAGAAGUCUGUUCUCACUGAGAAAGACACCCUCAGAGGGAGAGGGCAGCGUGCGAGCGCUUUGAGGCUGAGCCAGUCUGGAUUCCACAGCCCAACACCCAGAGCCACACCAGGGCAGACACAAUGCGGUUUUCCAGCAGGAGCUGCUUUGCAGACUCCGCGGGCAUCGCGUUCCUGUGGCUCUUCAUCACUCUGCAGAUCCCCAGGGGGGCUGAAGACGGCGGAGACUUGAUGCCCAUGAAAGGCCGAGCAGCACCCCGGCUCGCGGUUGGGAAUCGGAGUGCAGGGUCGGGAUGGCGAGGACAGCCCCAGGAGACCAGUUAUGACAGGAAGAAGAACCCGAGGCCACUGGAAGACUGGCACGCGGUCACCUUCAAAUAUACACAAAAAAUCCCAAAGAGAAGGAGGACGUGGCUGACAGUGGGGAUCUCCACGGUGUCACGGCAGGAUCCGAGCAGCCUCUUGUACACCUUGGCCUCCCUGUACAACGCCUCCUCCACGGCCGAGCAGAAGCGCCUCACCGUGCUGGUCCACCUGGCAGAUUCCGACCUCGCCUGGCUCAAAGACACCACUGCCCGUAUUUCAAGCCUCUUCAGCUCGCAGAUCCUGGCCGGGCAGUUGCUGCUGAUCCAUGCUCCGCCUGCUGCCUACCCCACUGUGAAUGGCAGCCCUGGUGCCGGUGCCGUUGCUGAGGCCGACCACGGGAAAGGCUACUCUAAGCAGAACGUAGACCACGCCUUCCUGAUGAGCUUCGCCGCAAAGCUCUCUGAUUACUUCCUGUUAAUAGGGGACACUGUCUUUUGUGCCCCCAAUUUUGUCACCCACAUUUAUUCCAAGGUGACCGCCCUGAAGCCCAGCCCGUGGGUGCUGCUGGAGUUCUCGAACGUGGGCCUCAUUGGCAAGCUCUUCCAUAGCAGGGACCUCCCUGCCCUGGCCCACUUCCUCCUCCUCUUCCACAAGGAGAAGCCCCUGGACAAGCUGAUCCUUCAUUUCCGCACCCUCCUGGUCCAGGAAAACCCGAUCCUCUGCAGACCAUUCCUCUUCUACCACAGAUCAUCCCGCCCCACCUUCGAUGGCAAGGAGGACACAGUCGUUCAGAAAAAGAACCCUUACGGCCCUAGCAACCCCCCUGCGUCUGUCUUCACCGAUAUGAACCUUUCUGGGACUCACUUCCCCUGGGAGGCCUACGCUCUGGACGAGUCGUUCUUCUGGACAAACGACAUCCGCCCGGGGAACCACUUGACGGUGGUUUUGAACCACCCAGCGAGGCUGAGCAGAGUGCAGGUGAUGACCGGCUCCAUCGUGGAAGGAAAGUUCGCCCUGAGCAAGGGGCAGGUGCAGCUGGGCUACGACCCCCAGGGCAUGCCGCAGGACUGCGCCAGCUCUGAGCUGCUCGGCUGGCUGGUGGAGGGGCAGAUGGACCGGGAGAUCCCGCAGGAAAGCGCGUCAUACCCGGUGAGCUGCGUGAGGCUGGUGGUGAAAGCCCGUCAAGCUGGUGGUCUCAUGAUCAGGCAUAUCUACCUCUGGGAGAAAGAUGCCACGGAGGAAAAGAAGGAUCAGGGUCGAUGGUGAAAUCAGUAAGAGUACAACAAAUAAAACCGGGAGCUGUUUCAUUCUAGCCCGGAUGAGCGACACAGGGGAGGUAGGAGGGAAGCAAAGGCAGAGAGAAGACUCACUCACUCUUUGGUGCCAUCAAGGUGUUAGCAGCCUCAUUCUUUCCUUUUUUCACCUGCAAAUGCAACUCUACUAUGAUGCCAUUCACUGGGGAAAGGCCUGGUCACUCUGAAAUAUCUUUAGAUUUCUAGGGUACUUGAAUCAGCUGGAGAGACCCAAAUAUAGUGUACAGUGUGAGUGUGAGUGUGUGUGUGUGUGUGUGUGUGUGCACGCGCGCAUGCAGGGGUGAGGGCUAACAAGGCUAGGAGUGCGGUAAGAGGAUGAGUGAGGAAAUCAUGGGCAGUCUUUAGAAGUGACUUUGUAAGAAGCCAAGAAAAGGGUUCUCAUGAAAAAUUGAACUCUGAAAUUCAGGAAAGGAGCAGAAGGACCAGUAGCAAUAAAGCUAAAUGUUUACAUGGUGUCCUUUUAAAGUGGGUCAUAGUGCUGCUCUAGAUCCCGCCUUUUUUCAGCAACAAACUUGGGCACAAGUUUAUAACUAACGCUUCCCUCUUUAUCAGUGGUUCAAUCUGUAAGUCUUCCUCUGGCUUGCUUCUUCUUUCACGAUGCUACUGAAACUCUUCCCCACUUGUAAUGUUCAAAGUACUCCAA